AUGAAAGGAGCCUGGAUGGAGGGAGGGGCGGAGCUUAUCCUGCAGGUGAUAGAGAUGGACACGCUGCUGAGGGAGGGGCUGGUGGGAUCCUUCCUGCAGCACAUUUCCUCACUGCUUCUUCUGAUCUUGUCUCUCCAUCAGGCUCACGAUAAAACUCUGGUUAGCAUCAACAACCACCUGGUCAAUGGGAAGGGGAAUGAGCUGGAAGGAGAUCCUUCAGGUGGAGCUCUGAAUGGAGAGAAGCUGAACUCCCUGAAGGAGAACAUCCUGAAGGAGCUGGAGAGCAGGGUGCUGCUGUCCUGCUCAACAUGCCAGGUCGGCGUGGAGGAUCUGCGGCGACAGCAGGAGGAAGACCGGGAGAGGAUCCGAGCUCUGGAGAAGCAGCUGAAUGCGGCUGAUGUUCGGUACCGACAGGACCUAGCAAGGCUUCAACAGGAGGUGCAACGCUCGCAGAGAUGCUGUAGCUCCAUCGAUGACCUCCAACGUCGUGUCAGUGAUGCAGAGAACAAAAUCAGUGUAUCGUCUGAGAAUUUAUACAAUCUCCUCAACAGUCUGGACUCCAGUAGAACAGACGGAACAAGCAAUGAGGGGGAAUCGAAAGGAGGAGAACCGGCUGUGGGUGAAGGUACCAGAGAUGGUGGGGUGAAGAAUCUACUGAAGGACCUGGAGCUUCACAUCAACACUGGCGUACAGCAAACUGAGAAGAACUGCUCUUACUUAGAAAAAGACAUGAAGGACUACGUCCACAAACAGGUGGACGACCUGAGGACGGUUUUACUGGAUCGCUUUGACGACCGGACUUUCAGAAUCCAAGAUGUGGAGUUGGAGGUUGAGCAGGUGCAGAAAGAGAUGUCUGACCACAAUGAGCGGCUCUCUGAGUUGGAGAACAGAACCUCUGCGACGAGUCGCAGGAUAGAGGAGUGUGGCUGUGGAGGUUCUAACGGUGGGGGAGGCCAAGGAGGAGCUGGAGGAGGUGUCACUGGAUCUGGUGGUUCUGGUGGAACUGGGGGAGGUGUCACUGGAUCUGGUGGUUAA